GCUUCGUUCACUUUCCCACCGCCGGAAAGCUGCCGUCAGGCGCUUCCGGCUUCCGGGGCGCACACUGUCGCAAAGCGGAAGUGUGAGACAGCGGGCGCCGGCGCCCAGAAGGUCAGCGCGUGAACAAGGUGGUAGUAACGCGGGUGUACCCGCGGUUGCUGAGGAGCUACGGGCGAGUAGACGACCCCGGCCUGAACUGGCGGUGAGAAGCAGACGGGCAGUUUGCUGCGACACCAUGGAGGGCGGCGGGGGAAGCGGCAACAAAACGACAGGGGGGUUGGCCGGCUUUUUCGGAGCCGGCGGAGCAGGCUACUCGCACGCGGAUUUGGCCGGCGUCCCGCUAACUGGUAUGAACCCUCUGUCUCCUUAUUUAAAUGUGGAUCCACGAUAUCUCGUGCAGGAUACAGAUGAGUUUAUUUUACCGACUGGAGCUAAUAAAACCCGGGGCAGAUUUGAACUGGCCUUCUUUACCAUUGGAGGAUGUUGUAUGACAGGGGCUGCAUUUGGAGCAGUGAAUGGUCUACGGCUAGGAUUGAGGGAAACCCAGAACAUGGCCUGGUCCAAGCCAAGAAACGUACAGAUUUUGAAUAUGGUAACUAGGCAAGGGGCGCUUUGGGCUAAUACUCUAGGUUCUCUGGCUUUGCUCUAUAGUGCAUUUGGUGUCAUCAUUGAGAAAACACGAGGUGCAGAAGAUGACCUCAACACAGUAGCAGCUGGAACUAUGACGGGCAUGUUGUAUAAAUGUACAGGUGGUCUUCGAGGGGUAGCACGAGGUGGUCUAACAGGACUAACACUUACCAGCCUCUAUGCUCUAUAUAAUAACUGGGAGCACAUGAAAGGCUCCUUGCUCCAACAGUCACUCUGAAGAUUUUGCCAACUUGUGACUAGAGGACACUUUAGUAGUUAUCCAGAUCAAUUUAUAAGUCAGUCUCGAGUUAUUCUCUCUUCUACCUACAAUUAGUUUGAAAAGUUGGGGAUUCCAGUUUGCUGUGAUGAAGAUCAUGGAUGGUUGACCAGGAUUGGCACUGCUUCCAGCCAUUAAUGAGUUGAAGCCAAAACCCUUUGGUGGCUGAGUAAUGUGGCUCUCUUCUCCUUUGAAGAAGAUCUUGCACCUGUUCUCCUACCCCCUGGACUGGAAAAAUCACUUACUCCCAUAAUUCAGGCCAAGCUUGUCAUCUACACUAUAUCACCACGUUUGUUCAUUUAAUGAUUCGAAAGUGUAAUAUUGCCCUGUAUUCGCAAUAAAGGGUGAAAUAGAACCAAAGUCAUACUCGAACGUAAACAUAGUGGGCAUCUCCAUUAGAGGCAUCUUUCUGGGUAAAAAGUGA